GACCGGGUGACAGCGUUCUCCUGCAGGCGGGGCUCGCUUCAGGUGCUGCGGCACGGGAUGGCGGAGGCGCCUCCUGUCUCAGGUACUUUUAAAUUCAAUACAGAUGCUGCCGAGUUUAUUCCCCAGGAGAGAAAAAAUUCUGCUCUAAAUUGUGGGACUCAAAGAAGACUAGACUCUAGGAUUGGCAGAAGAAAUUAUAGUUCAUCACCUUCUUGUCACCUUUCCACGCAGAUCCCCUAUGAUGACAUCUCUGCUGUCUAUCAGCCCAACUAUCCUUCUGGAAGCAAACCCAAGAGUCAACAGACUUUUUUCCAUGCUUCCAAUAAAUCACUCAAGAACCAUGGCCUUCAGAAUCAACCUUGGCAAAAACUGAGGAACGAAAAGAACCAUAACAAAGUGAAGAAAGCACAAGGACUUGCUGACCAGAUCUCAGAUGCAUCUAGUUUAGAAAGUGUGGCCAAAUCAGAGAGUGGGGCAAACCCUACACAGCAGAGUCCUUCGGAGAGUGAGAAAGAAGUAGUUAUUGCAGAUCCCAGGGGAGCCAAACCCAAAAAAGCAGCACAGCUUAUAUACAGCUAUGGUAGAGGAACAAAAGUCAAGGGGAAACUUAAAUGCGAAUGGGGUAAUAGAUUGACUGCCAAAUCUGAGGAUAGUGGACCCGAAAAUACCAAAUCUGUGGGGCUUUCCCACCCUGACUCUUCAGAUGCCUCCUAUAGAAAAGGUGUACUGGAUGGGUAUGGGCCCAGACGAAAUGAGCAGAGAAGAUACGCACAGAAAAGGCCUCCCUGGGAAGUGGAGGGUGCCAGGCCACGACCAGGCCGGAAUACACCAAAACAGGAGAGUCAGCGACAUGUAAAUGCAGGACCCAAAAACAUGUCUCCUAUUCCAAAGGAUAAUCUCAGAGAAAGACUGACAAGGUCUGCCUGUGACAGUGGGAAUUUGGCUGUUGUCAACAAAUCUUCUAAAAGGGUUGAUCAAAACAAAAGUACUAUACGGUCUCCUUUCCCCAGAGGCAAGCAGAGCCAUGUGCUGAAGAAUGUGGAAACACAUACAGGUUCUCUAGUUGAACAGUUAACUACAGAAAAAUAUGAGUGCAUGGUGUGCUGUGAAUUGGUUCGUGUUACAGCCCCGGUGUGGAGUUGUCAGAGCUGUUACCAUGUGUUUCAUUUGAACUGCAUAAAGAAAUGGGCAAGAUCUCCAGCAUCUCAAGCAGAUGGCCAGAGUGGUUGGAGGUGCCCUGCCUGUCAGAAUGUUUCAGCACAUGUUCCUAAUAUCUAUACUUGUUUCUGUGGUAAGGUAAAGAAUCCUGAAUGGAGCAGAAAUGAAAUUCCUCAUAGCUGUGGCGAGGUUUGUAGAAAGAAACAGCCUGGCCAGGACUGCCCACAUUCCUGUAAUCUUCUUUGCCACCCUGGACCCUGCCCACCCUGCCCUGCUUUUAUGACUAAAACAUGUGAAUGUGGACGGACCAGGCACACGGUUCGCUGUGGUCAGGCUGUCUCAGUGCACUGUUCUAAUCCAUGUGAGAAUAUUUUGAACUGUGGUCAGCACCACUGUGCUGAGCUUUGCCACACAGGUCAAUGCCAGCCUUGCCGGGUCAUACUGAACCAGGUAUGCUACUGUGGCAGUACCUCCCGAGACGUGUUAUGUGGAACAGAUGUUGGAAAAUCUGAUGGAUUUGGGGACUUCAGCUGUUUAAAGAUAUGUGGCAAGGACUUGAAAUGUGGGAGCCAUACAUGUUCACAGGUGUGCCACCCUCAGCCCUGUCAGCCUUGUCCACGGCUCCCCUAUCUGGUGCGCUGUUGCCCUUGUGGCCAAACACCUCUCACCCAGUUGCUAGAACUUGGAAGUAGUGGUCGGAAAACAUGCAUGGAUCCAGUUCCUUCAUGUGGAAAAGUGUGUGGCAAGCCUUUACCUUGUGGUUCCUCAGAUUUCAUUCACACCUGUGAAAAGCUCUGCCAUGAAGGAGACUGUGGACCAUGCUCCCGCACAUCAGUUAUUUCCUGCAGAUGCUCUUUCAGAACCAAGGAACUUCCAUGUACCAGCCUCAGAAGUGAAGAUGCUACAUUUAUGUGUGACAAGCGGUGUAACAAGAAACGAUUAUGUGGACGGCAUAAAUGUAACGAGAUAUGCUGUGUGGAUAAGGAGCACAAGUGUCCUUUGAUCUGUGGGAGGAAACUCCGCUGUGGCCUUCAUAGGUGUGAAGAACCCUGUCAUCGAGGGAACUGCCAGACCUGCUGGCAAGCCAGUUUUGAUGAAUUAACCUGCCACUGUGGCGCAUCUGUGAUCUACCCACCAGUUCCCUGUGGUACUAGGCCUCCCGAGUGUACCCAAACCUGUGCCAGAAUCCAUGAAUGUGACCAUCCAGUUUAUCAUUCUUGUCAUAGUGAGGAAAAGUGUCCCCCUUGUACCUUCCUAACUCAGAAGUGGUGCAUGGGCAAGCAUGAGUUACGAAGCAACAUCCCCUGUCAUCUGGUUGAUAUCUCUUGCGGAUUACCCUGCAGUGCCAUGCUACCCUGUGGGAUGCACAAGUGUCAGAGACUCUGUCACAAAGGAGAAUGUCUUGUGGAUGAGUCCUGCAAGCAGCCCUGCACUACACCCAGAGCUGACUGUGGUCACCCAUGUAUGGCACCCUGCCACCCCAAUUCACCCUGUCCUGUGACAGCUUGUAAAUCCAAGGUAGAACUACAGUGUGAAUGUGGACGAAGAAAGGAGAUGGUGAUUUGCUCUGAAGCUGCCAGUACUUAUCAAAGAGUAGCUGCUAUUUCUAUGGCCUCUAAAAUAACAGACAUGCAGCUUGGAGAUACAGUGGAAAUCAGCAAGUUAAUUACCAAGAAGGAAGUUCAACAAGCAAGGUUGGAGUGUGAUGAGGAGUGUUCUGCCUUGGAAAGAAAAAAGAGGUUAGCAGAGGCAUUUGAUAUCAGUGACGAUUCUGAUCCUUUCAAUGUGCGCUCUUCUGGGUCAAAAUUCAGUGACAGUUUGAAAGAUGAUGCCAGGAAGGACUUAAAGUUUGUCAGUGACAUUGAAAAGGAAAUGGAAAUUCUCGUGGAGGCUGUGAAUAAGGGAAAGAACACUAAGAAAAGCUACUCCUUCCCUCCCAUGAACCGAGACCACCGCCGGAUCAUCCAUGACCUGGCCCAAGUUUAUGGCUUGGAGAGUGUGAGCUAUGACAGUGAACCAAAGCGCAAUGUCGUGGUCACUGCCAUCAGAGGGAAGUCCAUCUGUCCUCCUUCCACGCUGACAAGUGUGCUUGAAAGGGAAACGCAGACACGGCCUCCGCCACCAAUUCCUCAUCACAGACAGCAGACAGACAAGAAUCCUGGGAGCAGUAAUUUACAGAAGAUAGCUAAGGAACCCGUGAUUGACUACUUUGACGUCCAGGACUGAGAAGAUCCAGAUGUACUGAGAAAAAGGAAUGACUAGUGUAGUGGAAGCUCAUUCGCCAGCAGAUCUGUCAUGCUCGUUCCUCACUGCCUGGCAGAGUCACAGCCUCACAUGCCACCUUGUACUGAUACAUCCAAAGCAUGAGUGUCAGAAACUCCCUUGUCUCUUCCUGUCUAAAGUAUUUCACUAUGGUCAGAUCUCUGAUUGUAGGCUCUAGAUUUUUAGUCAUUAUUUGAAGAGGUUCCUUACACUAUCACUGUGAUUGCUCUGAGGGUUGUGAGAAUAUUGGGUUUUAUUUGGAUAAACCAAAAUUUUUACCCCA